ACUGUUCGUUUUCACCUGAAUAUGUCCUCCCUGAUUAAGUGCGCCAUCUGUGAAAAAAUAAUUGCUCACAACUCCGAGAACACCGGAAAUUUAAUUCAGCAUUUGCGAGAAUUUCAUCUGGCUGAUAGCAUGGGAAGAACGAAGUGUAAAGAUCCAGGAAAUAACAGUAAUCAUCGAGACAGCGUUGUGGUAGAACCAGAAUCAGUGCCGAUGUUCAGCGGAAAUCUGGAUAAGCAUGAACAUGAUCGUUGCACAAUCAGUGACAUGAUUGACGAAACCGUCGAACCCUCAGAGCCUUCCCAAACUUCAAGUUCGGAAAAAGAAAUAUCUCCAACGACAAGCAGAGACUGUCUCCGGACAAAGCUAAUCUAUCAACCUUCCAUGGAUAGGAGAAAACGGAAAGUUCUGUACAAACGAGCGUAUCGUCCGAAAAAGUCCUUCCGUUCCUAUCGGCAUGUAUCAUACCGAACGGUCGUCGAGAGCUGGCGUCCAGGAUGUUCCAGAAUAACUUGUCCCGCUUGCGGGAAAUGUCGGAUACCCAUCGUUCGAUCGCAACAAGAACACGAUACCAAUUCAUCGGCUUGGGCUUCGUUCCUGCUGUUCUGUUGGCCAUUCUGCUGUAUACCCUGCUGCUUUUCGGUGCCGAGACGGGAGUAUUUACACUGUUCGGUAUGCGAUGCUCACCUUGCGUCGUAUGAUUACGGAACUGAUUGCCUGGAACCGAAUUUCGAACUUUUUGAAGGUGGAUAG